CUGAGGAGUCGUCAGAUCAAGUACGAUGUUAUCGCUAUACAAGAGACGAAGGGCAGAACGGAAACCAUUAGAAAAACCGAUCACAACGAGCUGCUUAUUGUCGGAGCCAAGGUGGAUGGCAAGAAUGUCGGCGGAGUUGGAUUUCUCGUAAACCAGGCAGUGGUCCACCUAGUCGACUCUCACAAAAUCGUUAGUCCACGCAUCGCUGUUCUACGUCUUCUGACCAAAAAUCAAGGUACCAUAUCCAUUAUCAACGGAUAUGCGCCCACCUCCGCCGCCACUGACGAAGAACGCGAAGAAUUUUACCAGCUUCUAGAAGAUACGUUCAGAAUGAGAGAAAUGGUAGCAGAGGACAUCAUCUCCCAGAGGUACGAUGAUAUCGUCAAGAGCCCGUCAGAUCAGAGAGAGUAUCGAGGACUUGAACUCACAAAUGGCCUCCGGGUACUACUGGUAUCGGAUCCGUACUACAGAUAA